GUCAGCUGAAAGUCUGCAUAAAAGCUCCCAGCCUUGAAAAGAACAUCCUGUUCAUGGGCCUGAAGAUAUUGACACAUUAAUUACAUAAUUGAUCAGAGUGCUUUCUUCUGCAAUGUCUGAAGAAGUGACUGACACGACACUUGAAUUUCAGGAUCCUGUUGGAGCAGGAAAUAACCGGGAUGGAAGUAACCUAAGGGAAAGGGGGUCUCCGGCUCCAUCCCCGAGGUGGCGGCAGGCGGCCCUGAGUCCGACUCUCUGUCUGCUGCUGCUGGUGGGACCGGUGACCUUGGGAAUUCCAUUUCUAUAGACGUCAAAUGAAAUUAACUCAGAUUCAAAGGAACUGAGUCAGUUUCAGAAAAUCAUCCACCACCAGCAAGAUAACUUACCCCAGCAGCUGAGCAGCUACAGGAACUUCCCCACAGAGGAGGAGUUUCUCAAAUCACAGAUCUCCAACCUACUGCAGAGGCAGGAACAAAUGGCCACCAAACUCUGCCGAGAGCUAGUCAUUCACACUUCAGACCACAAAUGUAAUCCUUGUUCUCAGAUGUGGCAGUGGUACCAAAACAGCUGCUAUUAUUUUGCAACAAAUGAGGAGAAAACCUGGACUAACAGUAGGAAAAACUGCACAGAAAAGAACUCCACCUUGGUGAAGAUAGAUAGCUCGGAAGAAAAGGAUUUCCUGAAGUCACGGCCGUUAUCUGAGUCGUCUUUCUUCUGGUUGGGUUUGUCAUGGGACCCAACUGGCAAAAGUUGGCUGUGGGAUGAUGGCUCUAUCCCGUCUCCAUCCUUAUUUAGUGUUAAAGAAUAUGCCCAGAUCAAUGGAUCCAAAAGAUAUGCUUAUCUUCAAAAAGGAAGUAUUUAUAUCUCCUGCUGCAGUUCUGAAAUUUCUUGGAUUUGUGAGAAGACAGCUGCAUCAAUAAAGACUGAAGAUUUAGAUUAAUGUGCUUCCUCCAAAUUCACCAAGAAGUAAGGGACUCAUGGUUAAACUCAUGCAAGAAGAAUGCUCCCCUACUAGGCUAAAAACUUGAA